CGAACUUAGAUCCUCGCUCUUACCCCCUUCUUCCUCUCUUCUCCCCUUUUUCUUAUCCCCUCUUCGAUCCGAUCUCGAGCCGAGCUCCAAUGGCGCUCACCGUCGAGAAGAGCUCCUCUGGCCGUGAGUACAAGGUCAAGGAUCUCUCUCAGGCUGACUUCGGUCGCCUCGAGAUCGAGCUCGCUGAGGUCGAGAUGCCCGGGCUCAUGUCUUGCCGCGCGGAGUUUGGCUCCUCCAAACCCUUCGCCGGCGCCCGGAUCUCUGGAUCCCUCCAUAUGACCAUCCAGACCGCUGUCCUCAUUGAGACCCUCACCGCCCUCGGCGCCGAGGUGCGCUGGUGCUCCUGUAACAUUUUCUCUACCCAGGACCAUGCUGCCGCCGCCAUCGCCCGUGAUUCCGCUGCCGUGUUCGCCUGGAAGGGCGAGACCCUCCAGGAGUACUGGUGGUGCACGGAAAGGUGCCUCGACUGGGGCCCGGAUGGCGGCCCGGAUCUCAUCGUUGAUGAUGGUGGUGAUGCCACUUUACUCAUCCACGAGGGUGUUAAGGCUGAGGAGGAGUAUGAGAAGACUGGCAAGGUGCCGGAUCCCAGCUCCACCGACAACGCCGAGUUCCAGAUUGUGCUCGGGCUGAUCAGGGACGGGCUGAAGGUGGAUCCCAAGAGGUACAGGAAGAUGAGGGAUCGUUUGGUCGGUGUCUCGGAGGAGACCACCACUGGUGUGAAGAGGUUGUACCAGAUGCAGGCCAGCGGAACCCUCCUCUUCCCAGCGAUCAACGUCAACGACUCCGUCACCAAGAGCAAGUUUGAUAAUCUCUAUGGAUGCCGCCACUCCCUUCCUGAUGGUCUGAUGAGGGCCACCGAUGUGAUGAUCGCCGGCAAGGUUGCUGUUGUUUGUGGUUAUGGUGAUGUUGGCAAGGGCUGUGCUGCUGCUCUCAAGCAGGCAGGUGCCCGUGUAAUCGUCACAGAGAUUGAUCCCAUCUGCGCCCUCCAGGCCUUGAUGGAAGGCAUCCCUGUACUCACCUUGGACGAUGUCAUCUCUGAGGUUGAUAUUGUUGUGACCACCACAGGUAACAAGGAUAUUAUCAUGGUUGACCACAUGAAGAAGAUGAAGAACAAUGCCAUUGUCUGCAACAUUGGUCACUUUGACAAUGAGAUUGACAUGCUCGGGCUGGAGAACUAUCCUGGCGUGAAGAGGAUCACCAUUAAGCCUCAGACUGACCGUUGGGUUUUCCCUGAGACCAAUUCUGGUGUCAUUGUCCUUGCUGAGGGCCGUUUGAUGAACCUUGGCUGUGCCACAGGCCAUCCUAGCUUUGUCAUGUCCUGCUCCUUUACCAACCAGGUGAUUGCUCAGCUGGAGUUGUGGAAGGAGAGGGCAUCAGGGAAAUACGAGAAGAAGGUGUAUGUGUUGCCCAAGCAUCUUGAUGAAAAGGUGGCAGCCCUCCACCUAAGCAAGCUUGGCGCGAAGCUCACCAAGCUCACUCCAUCCCAGGCUGAAUACAUCAGCGUGCCCGUUGAAGGCCCCUACAAACCUCCUCACUACAGGUACUAGAAUGUUACCUUCCAACAAGAAGAAGAACAAAGAAGAAAGAAGAACCAAGUCCAUUGUUUUGCUACCCGCCUGUGUUUUUUCACCCAAAGCUAUCUAUCAAUCAGUAUCCAUGUUUGUGUUUUUCAUUGCUUUUGAAUCCUUACUGAUGAGUUUUAUUUCGAAUGUUAGAACAAAUAGAAAAGAGAAAGGCAAUGGUUUGUGAGGAAUGUUUAAUAAUGUAUCCUAGUAGUUGGAUGUUUGUUGCUGGUGCAACUAAUGCUCUCAAUUUUAUUGUCUCCUCUCUUAUUAAGAUCAAUUAUCAUUACUUUCUA